UCGCGCGAGAACAUAAAAUCACGCGAUGUCUAUCGAGGCUCCUUGUCAUCCGGUUAGCGAUUUAUGUCUCGCUAAUCUUAUUGCUAGGCUUCACAGAUAGCUACAUAGCAUUCACUGUCGAUACCGAGGUCCACUGGGGAGUUAUAUUGCAAAACAGUGAUGCAGCCUGCAACAGCUAAGUGGUACGACAGAAGGGACUCUGUCUUUAUAGAGUUCUGCGUGGAGGACAGUAAAGAUGUCUGCGUGCAUUUUAACAAGACAAAACUUGAUUUCAGUUGCGCCAUUGGAACAAAUAACAUCAAACAUCAGAAUACAGUGGAACUUUAUGGGGAGAUUGAUCCCAAAGAAUCUAAACACAGACGUACGGACAGGUCUGUAAUGUGUUGUUUACGAAAAGCUGAGGCUGGAAAGGCCUGGCCUCGACUGACCAAAGAAAAGACGAGGUGCAACUGCCUUAGUGUGGACUUUAAUAACUGGAAAGACUGGGAAGACGAUUCAGAUGAAGACUUAAACAGUUUUGAUAAGUUCUCAGAGAUGAUGAACACUAUGGGAGGUGAUGAUCUACCGGACCUAGAUUGUGCUGAUGAAGAGCAUGAUUCUGCAGACAGCGACGAUGAAAAAAUGCCUGACCUUGAAUAGAAGACUGCAUCUUGUGUGUUGAAGUGUAAAAGUUGUUUGAAGACGAAGACUGAGAGAAAACACAAGUUUCCAAAGCAAAGAAAGGGCCUGAAGGGGAUGGAAACAACUACAAUACGGGCGUUGUGCUCCUUCUCUUCUUCUGCAUGGACUUUUAUUACUGUGUUGCGUUCGUUUCCAUACACUUACAUGAUUGUACAGGGAUGUCUUACCCCCCCUUUGCUUUUUCGUUUCACUUUUUAGUCAAACUGCUCCUUCUCCAGAGGAUGAUUUUUGAAAUACAUUUCUCUUAAUAUUUUGUAAUGCAAAUUACAAUUAGUCUGAUAAUAUACUGUAUUCAUGUUUCCCACAUUUGUGUGGCAACAUACAAAUGCCAAAAAAUUUCAGUCAGUCCAGUUUACUUCACCCAAUCAAAUAAAUAUACUGGUUCUUGUGCAAAUCAGAUCCUGUGUUGUGAGUGGUAAAGUUUGCACUUUGUGACAAAAACCGUACUACUACCAUAUACUAUGCAUACUAAAAUAUUUGGUGUCACAAUCAUGACGGUGUUCCUUCGAGUUUCACUGAA